UUACGUAAAUCUACUCCUUGCUAUAUAUUCAUAUAACAGCAUAAAAGUUAUUAAAAUCCUUUGUGUAGGAUGGCGAUUGGCGCAUUUCCCGCCGCCAAAUUGGGUGUUUUGGCCAUAAAACAGAUAAGCAAACCUAUAGCUAACGUAAUUAAGAGUAAUGCCAAGCAGAGUCCCAUAUUUCGCAAAUACGUUUGUAUGCCACCGGCUCAAUUAUACAAUUGGGUUGAAGUAAAAACGAAAAUGUGGGCGCUGAAUUUGGGCAAACCCGUAGCAGUGCCGCCGCUUAACGAGGCUAUGGCUAUUGAGCUGGGGGCCAAUUUGCUUGGCGAAGCCAUUAUUUUUGUGAUAGGUGCUGCAGUACUUAUAUUCGAAUAUACGCGCCAGUCUAACAAUGAAGCGAAAAAGCAAGAAACAAUUCGCCAAGAAAAAGCCGAAUUAGCAAUAACACUGGCUGAAAUGGGCUUCCGUUUGGAACGCCAAGAUGCACAAAUUAGGGAAAUGACGCGUGCGCUGGCAGAUUUAGAAUCGCGUAAUAUAUUCAAAUGGACCCGCGAAACAAUCGCUGAGUACCAGCCUUUCAAUCCAAAUACUCCCGAUCAAACCAAUACCGUCGUCAAAGACUUCGAUGGUGACUAUGAUCCGAAUGGUGGCCUACUGUACAGAGCAUUAAAUUUCUUAGAGACGCGUGUUUUUGUUGAUGGACGCAAGAGCAAAGAAACCACUCUACCUUUAACCAUAAGCAAUGACUUCGACAACAACAACAUCGAACCGUACGUGCAUGUGGAAGCCGAAGCGGUGCAAAAAAAUGUUACUACAAAACAGCUUAAAAACUCACAAGCGCAGUGACUAGCCAAAGAGCGUCAAUUACUCCAGUUGAAUAAUGAGCUCGCCAAGUUGGAAUAUGCAAUCGAAACGGCUUCAAAACAAAAAUAAAACAUCCGUUCUACAGUGUAAUUAUAAGUUUUUUACGUAUUUGUAAUUCUUAUUUAAAAAGUGUAUUACAAUUACUCAUUGAUCAAAAGAUGUAAACGUACAAGUUUUAUUUUCCAUCCUACCUGAGGAUUUAAUUUGCAUUUGCGCUUAAAGUGUGAUUAUUUGUUAUCGAGUACAUUUAGUUCAGCACUGCACAUACAUAUGUACAUGUAUGUUUCAUACAUUCUGGUUGUAAAUAUUGCUUAUUUUGUAGGACCAAAAAGUGUUUUAAUGCUUGAAAUUUGAAUAAAAAGUGUUAAUUAAAAUAUUUAUUGUAA